GUCAGCAUUUUUUGAUUCUAAACGGCAUUCUCCGGUCGCCAAUAUAAAUGCAGACAGAGACAAGGAUAGGAAAUGAAUCCAUCUCCAGAGAUUAAAGAUCGACACGGAGGAUACUCAUCAGGGCUGGUAUGACCGCAUGCCCCGAGUGCCGAGCGCCACUACUGCAUGCAUCCCAGCAUGUAAUACUCUGCCUUGGAGCAGUGUGACUGGUUGCUGUUCGACUUCGCCUCGACGAGGCAAUUCCUUCAGCUUAUAAAAAAGCCGUCGGUCCUAGCUUUCUCUCAUCGCAUUCCCUCUAACACGGAGUAAAUCCAGCUCCACGAGGUCAUAAUCAUGCACACCCACAACCUCCUCCCCGGGCUCUCCCUCUCUCUAGCCCUAACCCUCCCCUCCCUCACCCUCGCCCUCCAAACCACCGUCGACGUCGCCAUCGUCGGCGGCGGCCUCUCCGGCCUCAGCGCCGCCAAGGACCUCUCCGCCGCCGGCAAAUCCUUCGUCGUGCUCGAAGCCCGCGACCGCGUCGGCGGCCGCGUCUACAACGCCCCCGUCCAAGGCGGCGGGUUCACCGAAGCGGGCGGCGAAUUCAUCGGGCCCACACAAGACCGCGUGCUCGCGCUCGCAGACUACCUGGGCCUCACACCCUUCCCGACCUAUAAUCUGGGUAAUAACACGCUGUACCGCAACGGGUCGGCCUCGCACUAUGACCCGAAUACUCCCACCGGCCUCCCGACGGGGAUAAGCAACGAUGCGCUGCUUCAGGCUGUUGCGGUGAUCGGCGAGCUGGACCGCAUGGCCGGAAGUAUUGACGUUGCGGCGCCGUGGAAGCACACGAACGCGACGCUUUGGGAUGAGGUGAAUCUGCAGACAUUCGCGGACGGGAUCCUGACGCUUUCGGACGCGAAGUUCCUGCUGGAACUCGGCGUCGGCGCCAUCUGGUCCACGAACAUGGCCGAGCCCAGUCUGCUCUAUAUCGCGGCGUAUAUCGCCGCCGCGGGGAACGAGACCUCCGUGGGGACGCUGGAGCGGCUGAUUGGGGUGACGGGCGCGGCGCAGGAUAGUCGGAUCCGCGGGGGAACGCAGCUCUUGGCCACGCGGUUGGCCUCGAAGCUAGGCGAGGAGAAUAUCCUGCUCAACUCGGCGGUGCGCGGGAUCCAGAAGACAGACGGGGGAGAGUACGUGGUGAAGUCGGACGCGCACAGCAUCACGGCGAAGCACGUGGUCGUGGCGAUGUCGCCGCCCCUAGCCGCGAGAAUCACGUACGACCCGCUGCUGCCGCCGGGGAGGGACCAUCUGACGCAGCGCAUGCCGAUGGGGGCGCUGGGGAAAGCGGUGGCCAUCUACGAGUCGCCGUGGUGGCGCGCGAAGGGGCUCAAUGCGCAGGUGCUGAGCGAUUCGGGGGCGGUGCGCUCCACGUUUGAUAGCUCGCCGCCGGACGAGAGCUUUGGCGCGAUCAUGGGGUUCAUGGAGGCGGAUCAGAUGAGGAGGUUGGAUCGCUUGACGGAGAAGGAGAUUCAGGAUGAGGUCGUCAAGGACUAUGUGAGGUAUUUUGGGCCGGAGGCGGCGAAUGUCAGUUCGUGGGUUAUCCAGCGGUGGGAUCAUGAGGAGUUCUCGAGGGGAGGGCCCGUGGCGUAUGCGCCGCCGGGGGUGUUGACGCGAUAUGCAGAGGAUUAUCUGAGGAAGCCGGUGGGUGGGAUUCAUUUUGCAGGCACAGAGACGGCGGAGUACUGGACGGGGUAUAUGGAUGGGGCUGUGAGGUCGGGGGAGAGGGUUGCGAAGGAGAUUCUGAAGGCUUAGAUUAUGAUUAUAACAUAGCUAGGGGCAUGCCCUUAAUAAUGACAUCCAAUAUCAGGUUCUGCCAAC